CGAAGCGCGUGCUGGAAAAAGCCGAGGCGUGUUGAGAGAAGCGCGAGCACCGGAGAUCAUCAGAGGCAUCACUCGUCACAACAUCCAGCCUCUCAUCCGCCUUUUUCCCGAAUUCUUUGCGGUUUUCGGUUUUGUCGUUGAAGUGUACAUAGUGGUGAGAGUUAAAACCAGAGUUAAUUAGCGAGGUUUUUGAUCUACCGUGUUGGGGGCAGUUACCGUUGCCCCUCGGUGGGGGACCUCGUUAUCAUUUUUCGGGAGGCAAAAUCGCAGCCUCUCACCGCGUGUUAGAUCAAAAUAACCACAGGUGGAUUUUGUCGAAUUUUCGUGGGGUCUUUGUUCUGGUCAGAUCAAAUUUUCUUUUAAACAAGUAAAAAAGCUGCUGUAAGUCUUUGUGUGGCUUUAGUUUCGUGUCUCCGUCGCAGCUAUCCGAAGUUCCGCACACCAAGCUCCCCAACAUGUGCUCCCGGGUGUGGUUUGUCACAGAUCGUCGGAUCAGCCAGGAAUAUCCGCAGGUCCAGAUCCUGAGAGCCCUGAAGGAGCGCUGCGUCGAGGACGAUGUUGAAUUCCGUUAUCUUUUGAUGGAUGAGAUCGUUCUGACCAUCACGGACGGACAGCUCGGUCUGCGGGUUGAGCAGGAGAUGGUGACAUCGUACCCGCAAGUUGCAGUGGUGCGCGUUCCGACCCCUUGGGUCCAGUCAGACAGUGACAUCACUGUUCUGCGUCACUUGGAGAAGAUGGGCUGCCGUCUGGUGAACCGACCGCAGGCGAUCCUUAAUUGUGUCAAUAAGUUCUGGACCUUCCAGGAGCUCGCCGGUCACGGAGUCCCUUUGCCGGACACAUACUCCUAUGGGGGACAUGACAACUUCCGCAAGAUGAUCGAUGAAGCUGAGCCGCUGGGUUACCCUGUGGUGGUGAAGAAUGCUCGUGGACAUAGAGGGAAAGCUGUGUUUUUGGCCCGGGAUAAGCACCACCUCUCAGACCUUUGUCACCUGAUUCGCCAUGACGCCCCAUACUUGUUUCAGGAGUAUGUAAAGGAUAGCCAUGGACGAGAUGUGCGGGUGGUUCUGGUGGGGGGUAGAGUGAUCGGAUCCAUGCUCCGUUGCUCUACCGACGGACGUAUGCAGAGCAACUGCUCGCUAGGUGGAGUAGGAAUGAUGUGUCCCCUUAGUGAACAGGGAAAGCAGCUUGCCGUGCAAGUGUGCAAUAUUUUGGGAAUGGACGUGUGUGGAAUCGACCUGCUCCAACUGAACGAUGGCUCCUUCGUGGUGUGCGAGGCUAACGCCAACGUGGGCUUCAUCGCGUUCGACCAGGCGUGCGGGAUGGACGUGGCGGGCAUCGUGGCCGACUACGCCCUCUCCCUGCUGCCGCGCCGCCUCAACAGGAAGAUGUCGCUGCUAUCUGUAGUCUCCAGCACCAGUGAAACCAGCAGCGAGCCGGAGGUGUGUAUUCCCACCGGAGUGAUAAUCCCGACAGAGGUGUGUAUUCCCAACGAAAUGUGCCCUCCCGGUCCUACCUGUGCCAUCCCCGACACGGGGUCCUCCAUGAGCACGAGCUCCACCUCAAGCGAAAGCGAGCAGGAUCUUAACGAAACGGGGCCCGCCCCUGUCGCUGCCGAUCCCACCUAUAAUAUCAACUCCCUUCUCGCGAGUGAAAUAACUGUUGACUGAGUGCGCUGGAAUGGCCGCCACAUGCACACGCAUACACAUACAUUGAAGAGCGACAUACAUACUGAAAUGGACAUUAUACAUACAGAUGCACAUGUGUAAUCUAACUAACCCUCCCUAUAAACCCGCCCCCCCAGUCUGAGGCUGCUCCCCUGAUGUUUCUUUUCCAUUGACAAGCUUUAGGAUCAUACAGCGCAGACUGGAAGUGCAUUAUAUUGAGUACACUCCAGCCUGACUGUAGUGCACCAGCUAAAUAUAUGCGUUUGCCACUGUAAUACAAGGGUGCAUGCACUGUAGAGUGGUUUAUUGGGAUAAGACUCCCAAAUGUAACUAAUCUGUUACUUUCGAACUGGAUUCUGAUGUACAUACUGUGGGUUAGCGUGCGCGCGCACACACACACAAUCUUAAGGUUAUAUUAAAGUUUGUAUUAUAGAGAGAGAAUGAAUGAAUUGUCUGUUACAAACCCUUUGGUGUAAUGCAUUACGUGUGGGGGCAAGAGCGAAAGAUUAUGGACCCAAAAAUGCAAAACACAUUCCCUCCUGCGCCCUGUACAACUGGAAAGCGAUGUAUUCUGUUCAGAUUGCAUCCCCCUCUUAUCUCUUUUAAAGCAUGAAUGAGUAUUUUAGACUGUUGCAAUGGCUACCUGUAGUUAAUGAAUUACUGCUGAUCAGACAAGCAUAAAGGUUUCAUUUGCUCUGCCGGUGUCUGUUUAAACUGACUUGACUGUGGGACCAGUUUUGAAUGACCUUUCUGAGUGUUUAAAUGAGGAUUUGGUCCACUAGAUGAAUUCUCGUAUACAUCUUUUCAUUUGUAUGUCUGUAAAUGAGUCUGCCAUUUUAGGAUUCCCUGCUGUCCACCAUUUUGAACUGGUUAAAGCUCUCCAUGUUCUUAUUCGCAUUUGAUGUGCAACUUGAAAUACUUGAGAUUCAUUUUCUGAUGUCAAACAUUCAAAUCAGCAAAUGACCUCAAGUCAAUCUGCAUGUUUGCCACACCAAAGGCAAAUGAUGAUAUCCCACAUAUUGGAGUCUGAACAGCGAGAUGCGUAGAUUUUAAAUACUAAUGUUUUUACCACAAGGGCUGAACAUUUUUGCCAACACUAAACGCUUAUGAUGAAUAAGCUAUUUGCUACUUCAAAGCUUUGUUUGUACAAGAAUAAAACUGAAGUGUCAACUCGAAUGGGUGCUACAACUUCUUUUAAUUCAGCCCAGUGGUUAAAAAGCCAUUGGUAACCGGAAAGUUGUAUUGACUCGAUUUAAUCUUAAUCAUUAAUUUGUUUUAUUAAAAGUUAUUUGUACACAGAUAUUUCUGAAAUUAAGCCAUCUUGGAAACGUUAAUUCUUUCUGGAAGUUUUAGCAGACAUCCAGCAGAUUAAAUAUUGCAACCUGGACUAUUUGCACAUUUGCAUGUACAUUUAAAUUCACAUCGAGUCUUAAGGCGAACCGCAUAUAACGAUAAACCUCAAGUUCACCACGGACCAAACUCACAAUCCGAACCAGCUCAGAAUGGUUUACAAUGGUAGUCACGGAGUGUAGAUCAAUUGCAGUGGGAUUCACACUUUGAUUCAGAAUCAAAUUUAGUGCUACCGUUUACAUUGAAACUAGAUUUACAUUUAGAGUCAACUCAGGGAAGCAGCCUUGAUCAAAUUCCUCACCUUGAAAACGUGACAUUCAUGCUAUUCAGUCCUGCCUGUGUGUAUCAAUAAACAAAAAGACAAAGAUUUAAGAAAUGCAUCCUGUGGGACCUUAUGGUUACAUGCACUCUGUUCUUGUUUGUUUUAUAUUUAGUGUUCCGUUUUCCUAAUUUAUUUUUCAUUUUUGAAGGAAGUAAAAACUGGUUUGUAUGCGAUUUAUCUUGUUUGGGAAAGGCAGAAGAGCGAGACGUUUUAUCGAACAGAAGUUUACCACCUGAGUCGCACACGCACACACUCGCUCUUCUCACCACCCCCUCAAGUGUUAUGAUUCGCUGUACUGUGCGUGAUGUGUCCCGUCAUUUCACGCACACGGAGAUGUAAAGUACAGCACACCAUAUGGCUUUGGACUUUAAAUGAUUUGCCUCAACUUGUUUUAGUUGAACACAACAGGACAAUCUCACCCAUGUUUAAUCAGUACACAUUUAGUACAAUAGUAGUAUUAAAGGCUUGAUCAUUCUGAUUAGUAAGGUACCAUUGUACCCCUCUGAUUUAUGUGAGAUAAGACUCCUUAUACUCAUUGGCUAUUGAAGUAACAAAGUGAAAACAAAACCAACAGUUGCUGCUAAUGACCACUUUACUCUUUGGUAUGGAAAGGGAAAUGUUUUGAGAAUCCAUGUGUUCGUUUCAUUGCCUCAUUGUUUUCUUGAUUUUUAGUGGGACCUUAAUGCCAAAAACCAAGCAAUGUUGUAUAAUUUAAAACAAGAACUUAGUGAUAGAACGCUAACAUUGAUGUUAUGUGUUAUGACGUAAUAAUAACAUUAAUAACAACAAUAAACACAUUUUAAAAAUGUCCAGAACUUGAGAAUGUC